AUUUUCUUUUCACUUUCCAUCCAGCAUUUUUUUUAGUGACAGUGCACAAAAUUGAUUAAGUCUAUUUCGCAUUAGAAAUGUGUGUUUUCCAUUCAAACUAUCCCAUUUGCACUAACAACAACAACAGCAACAACAACAACAGCCCUGUUGAUGCACGUGCGUCAGAGAGGACUUCAGUUUAGUUCCAUUAAGAAUUAACCGUAAAUUUAGCGUCAGGAUCAUCAUGUCACAAAUUGAAAAUGUGUUUAAUCUGGUGCGGGCCCGUCUUCAGGCAGAGAAGAUAAAACUGUGGGAGGAGCCGUACUACACGGAAGGUAUCGGCAGCAUUGAAGUUGUCAUGGAGGACUUGGCCCAGCGGUAUGCCCAGUUUCUUGGCAUCGAUGUCUCCAACUGCAUGAGCGCCCUCAGCGAGCUGCAGGACCAUGCCCUGCGCAAGCUGGCCGCCCGCCGGGAGUUCAGCGAGACGGGCAUGGCCACGUUCAAGGUGCGUCGCAUUGACAAUCACAGCGGCACCACCACCAUGCUGGAGAUCAAGUGCGACCUGAACUCUCUGGGCUCCGAGCUGCAGGCGGCCAUUGCCGCCAAGCUGCAACUGAGCAAUCCCGAGCACGUCAAGUGCAUCGCCUGCGGGAAGAUCGUGGCUCCGAAUGCCACGCUGGGAGCGCAGAACCUGAAGAACAACCAGGCUGUGAUUGUGAUCAUUGGGGGACAGGGGGACAACCAGAAUGGUGACCUCUACGAGAGACUGAACAAGAUUAAGGCUGAUGUGGAGGCGGUGGUCUCGUCGCAGAACCGCAUGAUGGAGAUGGAGGAUCAGGAUGGAAAUCCAGUGUUCCUGCCGCCCGAGGAGAACCGCUCACUGCUGAUGGCCCUAGGCUUCUGUGAGAAGGCCAAGGCAGCCAUGCGGCGGGAGGAUUACGAGGAAUGCCUGCUCCUGCUGCUCGAAGGCGACGAGAAGUUCGCCGCUUGCCAGUCGAGCUUCCUCGAGUCGGUGGACAACUUUGCGCUGCUCAAUCUGGACAUUGUCUGGUGCUACAUGUGCCUCAAGAAUGUCUCCCACCUGCCCGACGCCGAGUCGCGCCUGGCCAUCUGUGAGCGCAGCUUCCGCCGCAGCUACGGUGAGAGCUUUGAGCGCCUGUACGCCCUCAAGGGGCGCGCCUGUCCGGAGCGGGCACUCUUCAUGCGCCUGAAGUUGCUGCAGGGAAUCGUCCUCUUCCAUCAGAAUCGCCGCGACGAGGCCUUCGAGAAGUUUGAGGCUGCCUCAGCGCUGCUAAAGGAGCUGAAGGUCGACGAGGACAAGCUGCUGCUGUUGAUGGAGAUGGGCUUCGAUGUCGCCGAGGCCAGGCUCGCUCUGCGCUCCUGCUCCUCCAGCGGCGGCAACAUUGACCAGGCCGUGCAGUUCAUUCAAGAGCGCAAGAAGAAGCUGAGCGAUGCCCGCAAGGAAUCCACGCUGGAGCGCAAGGUGCAUCGACGUGGCAGGGAGGAUGGCACGGAUGCAGAUUGGGUUAACCCACGCAGCGUUUGCACCCUAGUCGAGAUGGGAUUCGAUACAAAACUGGCCUCCCUUGCCCUGCAGCGCACCAAGAACGACGUCACGAAAGCACUGGAUAUGCUGCAGAAGAACUCGGCUGAGCUGCUUGCUGCCUUGCCCGACAAAAGUGUUACACCGGCGGAUGAGUCCCAGAUGGCAGCCCUCCAGCAGCUGGGCUUUGACGACGUCACAAUUCGCGCCGCCCUGGAGUGCACCGGUAACGACGUCGAGAAAAGCAUAGAGUUUCUGCUGCAGGCCCUUCAGAGCGAGGACAAGCUGAAGGAGACACUCGAACUGGCCACAAAGCUGGCGAACGACAGCGGCGUCGACAGACCCUCCACCUCAUCGCAGGCUCACAACUCGUCGAUCAUUGACGUUGUGCUGAGCAAGGCGCGCGAUGAGCUGGAGUCACUCAAGGCCUACGAACGCUUCAAUUCGGAUAUCAAUCAGACCGAUCAGGACCAUCUCGAUCUGCCCUUGAUCCGUGAGGAGCAGCUCCUGUGCGAAUAUCGCCGCCUGCUCGAGCAAUAGGCCCAACCAAGACAAAACAAAAUUCACUACAAAACGUAGACGUUAAACGGAAACACGUAAGCGACUGGCGGCAACGAAACGAAGCGGCCAUCAAAUGAUUCGAAAAUCGAGAAGAGAACCGGUUACGGAGAUAACUGUAAUCAUGACUUGUCUAUUGCAAAUCGUCGUCUUAUAAAUGCCACUUAAGUGGCACUCAUCCACUCAGGCAUCCACCGCCACCCCUCCAGCCCCACCCCACUCCCCGCUUGGGUUUGAAUAACUUGGCAAAUAGUAACGAUAUAAAGACUUACAACGAGAUGUAUGUACAUAUAUAGUAUAUGGUAUAAUAUAUAUUCUAUUGACAGCUGCGACAACGUGAUUACGCCCCAGCCCCUCCACGCCGUUUCCUUUCGUUCCGUUCCGUUCUGUUCAGACGCGAACCUGUUAAGUUCUUUUGCAAUUAUUUAUUUUAUUUACAAAAAUUGUUGCUGUCUCCCGACUUUCGAUCCCAGCCCAACCCGAUAUCCAGAAACUGGCCAAAGGGCACCCUCAAGCACGAAUCCUUUUCCUAACCGACAAAUUGAGACUGGAUAUAUCAUCAUGCAUAUGUAGUUAUAUUCCUGUGAUAGCUCGGGUGCCUUAUAAUUCAUUGUGUACAGAAUAUAUGUUAAUGCCAAGGUAAACGAUUGAUCUUUGCACAUGUCCCUGUAGCUAUUCUUAAGGUUAAAAAUGAAAUAGAUGUAGGCACAAACAAAAUCUUGAUUGAUAUAAAUGAUUUUCAUGUCCUAAAAUUAAGCGAAAUAAAGUAUAAACAAGUGUAGCAUCAACCCAUGAA